UCUGCUGUGCCAGUCCUCUCUCUGUAUGUUCUCCUCAAUGACUUCCUUGCUUUGACACCCAUCAAGGGAAAGACAGGAAAGAGAGAACACGCUGAUCAUCCGGCUGAUGAUUCACAGAGGCCGGCAAGGCAGACGUGACUGAGGCUGAGAGGACGAGUGAAGGUGAACAAUGGCCGAUCCAUCGUCUGCCUGGAGGACUGGAAUCUAGGACAAGGCUUCUACUACAUUUUGGAAAAUGCUGAAGGUAUCGGUGGUCACCAUUGUGGCAUUUUGAGUUUGAGACAAGCCCCAGGGAUGACCUCUCUGUCUGGAGGUAUUUGUAGUCUAUAAAGAGUUCUGGACUGCUGAAAAGUUUCAUGUGUUUAGCAUCCAGCAGGAAAGAUGAGGUUGAAAUGGAAGCUUCUGAUAGAGCGCCUCUUCCUUCCAUCAUACACAGCAAACCAGAAGAGCCACCCCAGAAAAGUUGUAGCACCAAGCUCUACCUGAUUACCGCCGUGCUGGCCUGGUUAGUGACCGGUACAACCAUCUCGAGCCUAAAUAAAUGGAUCUUCGCAGUUUACAACUUCCAGUAUCCUUUGUUGCUGUCCUCACUUCACAUGCUAACUGCCAUCCUGUUAGACUAUCCCAUCCUCAGGUUUGGCUUGGUACCUGUAAACACUGAGGAAGAGAAGACGCUGAAUACCAGCGCACGGUUGAAAGUGUUCCUCUUGAGUCUGACCUUCUGCUCCAGCAUUGCCUUUGGAAAUCUUGGACUGAGCUGUGUUCAGCUUUCUUUUGCACAGAUGAUCUAUACCACAACUCCUUUUUUUACCCUGGUUCUUUCUAAACUCUUCCUGGGCACCAAACAUCAUGCCCUUAAGUACACUGCCAUGAUUCCUAUUUGCCUGGGAGCUUGCUUUAGUAUUAUCGGAGAGGUGCAGUUCGAUCAGACGGGAUGCAUCUACCUUUUUGCUUCAACGUUUCUCAGGGGACUGAAAUCUAUUCAGCAGAGUCUACUUCUUAAAGAGGAGAACAUUCAUUCGGUCACACUGCUGUACCUGAUGUCUAUACCCAGUUUCUGCAUCUUGCUAGUGGCUGCAGUGUUACUAGAGCGAGGAGUGGCAUGGGAAAGGCCACCAGACAGUGACAGUAAACUUUGGCUUUUCAUCCUCCUUAGCUGCUUGGGAUCUGUUUUGUACAAUUUGGCAAGCUUCUGUGUCAUCACACUGACCUCAGCGGUCACCAUACAUGUCCUUGGCAACCUCAAUGUGGUGGGGAACCUUGUCUUAUCCAGAAUGCUCUUUGGAAGCCACCUUACAGUACUCAGCUAUACCGGCAUUGGCUUCACCUUGGUAGGGAUGGGCAUGUAUCAUAACUGUGACUCUAUUGUUGGAUAUAUUAGCUCCAAGAGAUCUGUGCAUGUUACAAAAAAACACACAAAGUCUGAGUAACUGGUCAUUCUGAAGGUUUCACCAGUAAGGAUAUCCAUUUAUAUGUGAUAAAAGAUUUAUUACGAGUUACAGGAGGAAUGAAGCCUUCACUGUACUCUAAUGAAGGUCGGGCAAGGCCAAAGCUUAAGAGGCAUCAAUGAAACAAUUUAUCAAUAUAGAUCUUGUUUUCUAGUUUUCUCUGCUUUUUCAGGGGAAUAAUAUAUUUUCUUAUCUAUAAUAUAUCCUGCAAUAUGCUCAGACUUAUAAUACCUGGAAAAACAGCCAACACAAGAACUUGAUUACUAUACUAUAAAUUAUCAGCAGUGCAAAAUAUGCCAUGUAAUAUAUUUGUUAGCAACGCAUGUCCAUGUUGCGUUUAUGUUAUUCAUUAAGGCCUCAUAAUUCCCUACAUCUGUACUGCAUUGAGCCAAGGUGUGAGGCUAGGACAUAUACGGUAUAUCAUCACUGCACUACAGUUUGCACAGGAAAAAGCACAAUGUGCUAAUAUUGAUCCCAGUAGAUGGUGUUUAGCUAUAUAACAGUCCUUUUUAAUACCAUAGAGCAGUGGUCUCCAAACUGUGGCCCAGGAUCCAGAUGUGGCCCUUGGUUUGCUUUUUUUCUGGCCCUUGGGGCACUAUUCCACCAACUGACACCAUCGAUGGGACACUAUACCUCCCACUAACACCAUUGAUGGGGUACUAUUCCUUCCACUGACACCAUAGAUGAGGCACUAUUCUUCCCAUUGAUACCAACAUUGGGGCACGAUACCUUCCAUUCAAACCAAUGAAGGGGCAUUGUUUAUGCCCACUGAUGCUGAGGCAUUUUCUGCUCCCAUUGGUCAAAGUUUGGCCCCCCUAAAUUCUGAAGGACUUAGAAAGUUUGGAGACCCCUGCCAUAGAGGCUUCUUAUUUGUUCUUGCUUCUCAUGACAACCAAAGUCUUUGUUUUAUUUUAAACUGUGGGCUAAAAGAAUGACAUAUCAAAUCUGACUGACUGCUGUGGGCAUUUAGCAUGUUUUCAUACACAGUACCCAUAGUGAGCAAUGGUAUUGGUGAUCUGGACAGCUUAAACUGCCUAUGGACCUGAGAUGAUUCCCUCCUGAUCCACCUGAUUUUGUUCAGUUAAUGAUCUGUAGGUGGCAGCAUCGCUCAUUUCCAAAAAGACCUAGAGAGGUCUACCUGCAAUGCAUAUAUAGACAAGCAUACAUAUUAUGCUUGUCUUACAUACAUAUAUUAAUGACAAAUUAUGGGGGUUGGAUAACAUCUGAACAUCCGUCUACAAUGUAGUAUUUGUAUGUAAACUGAUGGGAGAUUUAAAUGCAGAGGAUUUAAAUCUGUAAGUCAUGAACAGUGCAGGUUGUUGGAAAAUAUACUUUCGAUGGAAUGUUUAAUGGAUGUUGAGCCUUCCUUUUUUCUAUGGAGAAGAUGGGAGGUUCGGCCCCAUUAACUUAUUGUUCUCUAACUUGACUGGCCAAAACAAAAGCACAAAACAGCGAUUGGCGGUUACAGGUUUGUGCAUAUCGUUGCCUUUAAUAUUACUAUAUAAGACCCCGUAUUUUAAUAUUACAGACGUAUACACGUCUCACUACUGCUUAAAACAAAGGGUGCUAAAAGCCACAGAGGGAAUUUAGAUGCUUUAUUUGAAUUCCUAAAAAUAAAACAUUAACUCUUUGUUUUGCUGUGAGUAUUAAUUACUUUGUUCUGUAUAUUUAAUUUAUUAGCUACAAUGAGCUGUGUUGGUGCCCUCUGUAAAAAGUAAUGAAGCUACUGUAAUCAUACUGUUAUACUUUAUGUCAUAUUGCUGUGUAUUAUCUUGGUUUUCCUCACCCAGGUACAGCAUCUGUAAACUGUGAUGAUUCGCAAUGUAAAAUAAAUAUUGUAUAUUGUUUGACAUA